AUGAGUCAGAGGCAACUGGACGGCACUAACCAGACACAGACGCAGGAGUCAACUUCCGAGCUGUACGUUGGGUGGUCUGGAGUGAAUUUCAAAUCCACCCGACUGUCAGAAGAGAAAAUGGACCUACGUGAGUUCUCAGAGGAAGUUGAGGAGGACCUUCCAGAUGACCUUCCAGAUGCCGCUGGCCUUCUAGGGUGGGGAGAUUCUGGCCUGCCAUUCAGUAGCCAGACCGACAUAGACCUCAGCUGUGGAGACUGCUCAGACGAGGUGGGGGACGUGGCUCCGGAGGAAAGCGGGCCGCUCCUCAGGUGCCUCAAGAGAAUCUACCGGAAGGGGAAGAAGGACAAGACGAGGCGGAGAAAAAGCAUCUCUUCAGUUCCUGACCUUUCUGCCAUGGCAACUAUUUGGGAGGAAAACGAGCAUCCCGGUGGCUCAGACAAGCCGGAGCACUUCCUGGCAUCGUGGAGGAGCACGAUGGAUUACUUUAGCAAUAAAAAAGAGGACGGGGUAAUGAAGAAAAGUUUCCUGCGGUUCCUAUCUAUCCUCUGCAAGACAAUCAACUGGAAUAACAUGACCGAAUUAUUUAUGGAUAACUUCACAUCCGACCUUGUAGGAGCCAUAACUGAGAUGGUCAAGAAAGAGCCUCCGGAGCCCACCAGUAUCUGCCUGCACGCCAUGGCCACCAUUAUCGACUUGAGCAAGAGAAAUAUCAUGAAGACGAUGGGAUCCUACAAGAAGGGCAUCUUGCUCCGCACCUUCUUCAAGAGUGUCUUCUCCCUUUCGCCCCUGAAGACGGCGCAGGAAGAAGGAGGCGCAGACAUUUCUAGCAUUCAGUACACAAAGGGCCUCUUCAUUGGCACGUACCAGACGUUCAGCGAGAUGCUCCAGCAGCUGAUGGUGGAGAACCCGGUCCCUUCUGAGCUGGAGAGGAUCUUGCAGGUGAGGGGGCGUGAGAAAGUAGCAAAACUGGACGAGAGGAGAGCCCAUUCGGAAAUCAUCAAGAGGAAGCACAAGGAAUUCCUGGAGUCUUGGAAUCCGCUGGUGUUCCUCAAAAACCCCUCCCGAGUCGCAGAGGUCUUUGGAGUCUACUUCAGCCCACGGGAGAGAACCGACUUCAUCCUGACCGCUUUGGACGGCCUGACGGAGCACUGCAACAGCAUCUCCACCACGGAAGGUCUUCUGGCCAGAAUGGCGCGCAACUGCGGAGCUGAGAUCGAGAAGCCACGAGCCGGACCCGACCUCGACCUGGCCGACGCCCCGGAUCUGCCCCUGGCCGACCUGGCGGACCGGAUCCUGGCCAAGACCAGACCUGACUGA